AUGGCGCUCCUAAACCCGACCUUCAUCUUCGGGGUCCUCGUCCUCCUGUACCUGUCUUCGUUCAUCUUCUUCGCUAUCCUUCGGAUCCUGACGGGAAUCUCCAUUCAGCGCAUUGGCUACUUCUCGCUCAAGAGGCUCGCAUACACUCCGAAAGAUGGCACGAAAAUAGAGAUAAGAGGCUUGGGCCUGAAUCUACAUCGCCCGACCUUUGCACAACCGACAUGGAUAAGUGUGGUUCUGACCGAACUCGCGAUCACGAUCGAUUUGAAGGCUGCAGAUAAGACUGGGGAUACGGGGGAGGAUGGCAAUGGCACGGCUGAGGAGGCUGCGGGCCGGGACCGCGAAGACGAGCCCAAGGGAAAGCCACCGCGGAGUGCCAGCGUCAAGCCCCAGCGCAGCAAGAGCUGGGAGCAUCUCACGAGCAUAAAGGAACGAAUCAAGCGCCUGCAUCGGAAUAUCAAUUGGAUACGAAUGUUGGAUGUGGUGGCUAUAAACACAUCGGUUACGGUGGCAGAUGUAGGCCAGGUACAAGUUGGAAGCUUCACCUUGGCUGUGGACACGCGGCGCAAGAUGGUUGAUAGGGCCAGGAUGUUCUCCCACGUCAAAUCGCCCAUCAAAGAUCAACGGCCAGCGGAAUGGAUGCUCACGGUUCGUAGCGUCCUCUUCACUCCGGAGGGUCGAGAAUCGCUGGAAGUGCUCGAUCAAGCAACGCUCAACGUCCACGGUUUACUAUUCAAAGAACUUGAUGGCCUUCGGGAUGCAGCUAUUUCUCUCAAGUUGGGGCGGAUACAUAUACCAUACGAUGAUAUAACCACAUGCAUAAAGCGAUUCAAGGAGUGCCGACCCGUUCAGCCUCAAGUGGGCGGAAAGCCAAAGUUUGACGAGAUCGCAGUGACGGAUCUCUUGGAAGAGCUCGAUCAGCCUGGUAGCCAAGAUGAGAAACUUGUUCAGACAGUGUCGGACUCGAAGGAAUUCGUGGGCUCAGUGCUUCGAGGUAUUAAAGAGGUGCAGUUUGCUGUUAGCUACGUUGGAUUUACGAAGAAGAUCACAUCUAUUCAACCUCACGGCGCGCCCCUUUACCUCAAUGCAUCUAUGAAGGAGGUCGGUGUAGACUUGCAUCGCCUUGACCCCAAGUCACCCGCACAUCGGAUGUACUUCUCACCUAAAGACAUUGCUCAUCAAGCCUUAGUUGCAGCACUCUCGAUUGCCGUGGGCGUUGCUGAUGGCCAGGGCAAGUCAGAUAGACUCAUUUAUGUCCCAAUGGCCACCACAACAGUCCGGACAACAUUGCCCUCGAAGACGGUUGAAUUCGGAGAGGACAACAGCGCAGACGAGCGGAAUGCUAACAUGUUGUUCGCAAACGUGGUCAUCACAUCCCCCUCUGUCGACCUGGAUCCUAAGCAUCUUCCUCUUGUGCUAGCCUUGUUACACCCAAAGCCAAAAUCGAAAAAGGAGCCAGCAUCUGGGCGGCAUCUUCUCUUGUCACGCCUUCUGCCAAAAGCCAAUGUUAAAUUCUCCAUGCAUGAACCAGUCAUGCGAAUCGCUCUCCCUCCGGUCGAGAGUACCGCAGAUGAAGGCGACUUUGAUCUUAUCAUAUCCUCCAUAUCCUCCGUCUCCCUGGAUAUCGAAUCCUCACAUUCUGCCGUCGGGCAAUUGCACUACGCCCUUGCAUCAAGUCUGAGACUACAGUCACAUGAUUUCUAUUAUCAGACAUCUUCAGGGGCGCGCUACGAUUUGCUAGAGAUAGAGUCUUUGGAACUGAAAGUUCACUUGAACGCCAAUCCCGAAGUAUAUGUUGUCGCUACAUGUAAUCUACAGACCUUUUCCAUUCACAUGAUCCGUCCAGAGAUCAGUAAGGGUGUUCGACAAAUAGUCCGUCAGUUACGGCUUAAUGUCGAACCAGAGAACAAGCCGCGUAGAGCAUCCCGGGAUCCAAAUUUCAUCAGAGCCAUGCCUCCUUGGCUACUACAUUUCCAAUUUCAAGGCUCGGACUUCAACGCAGAAGUUGCCGGUAUUGAUGAGGAUAUAUCUCCUGCCACACGGGGUGUUGCAUUGCAGUUUGAGUCAUGGACAGCCGAGUAUCGUGCCCAGAAAGCUGAUGCCGUCGAACGGCGACCAUCACGGCGCCGAACAAACAGCCGGUCCCUGACACCAGAUCCAGAUCUGUUCUUAAAAAUGCCGCAAUCACCAAAGAAGAGAAAACAGCAACGUCCUACCGAUGGCAGGCGCUUGGCCAUUCAUGUUCGUAAUCUUGAAGCAUUUGUCGUCGAAUCCUGUGAGAGAUGGGAGUCUGAACCAUUUGUCUCCAUGCCACGGUUCGAGGUCGCACUAUCCACCUCAAGUGAUAACCAAGGCCCCAUUUUCCACGUUAACUCUGUCGUCAAGACCCUCCUGAUCCAGUAUUCGCUAUAUCGGCACUAUUCCUGCGGCAUUGCGAUAACAGUGCUAAAGAAAGCUUUUGUCAAGACGAAGGCUGACGAGGAGGAAGCCGAGAAGGUCCUAGCAGCUAAGUUGCAGUCAGAUAUAGCUGACCGCCUAUCGCCAUCAAGAUCUCCUGAUGAGUUAUCUGCCAAAGAUUCAUCUGAAUACUUUCCGGGAGGCCGACAGUUUGUUACGGUAGAUUUCAGGUCAACUUUAAUACAAAUCAAAGCAAGCAUGCCUUCCGAUCCGCCGAUGAUGCUCCAAAUUUAUGGCCUGGAAGCGGGCCGUCAUAGAUGGAAUGCACCGUUUCUUCACGCCAAAUUGACUCGUCUAUACGCCGAGGCUCCAAAGAUGGAGCGGAUAUGGGCGAGAAUGGUUAGUAUCAAAUCCGCCCGAGUCGACCUCCGCGAAACUAGGCGGAAGCAACCUUCAGGAGAAAUGCAUGAUGAAAAGAUGAUCGACGUGCAUACGGAAGCCAUACGGCUGGCGGUCCCUCAUCAACUAAUUUUACACAAGGUGUUUGAUAAUUUUAUCAAUACCCUCAAGUCCGUACAGCAGCUCCAUCAUCGCUUUGCCACUGGGACAAACGAAUACAUACUUGAAAAGCAUCCCGAGGGCCCAAAGCAUAUACCAAAAAUCUCAGUCCGUAGCAAAGCGCUGCUAUUCGAGCUGGAGGAUGGCGCAUUUGAAUGGAAGCUUGGCAUGAUCUAUCGGACUGGUCUAAUUGAGCAACAGCAGCGCAUUGCUCGCGAGGAAGCCUUUAAGGUGAAAGCCAAGAAAAUGGAAGACGAGGAGCUGCGAAAGGAUUCCUCCAGAUUUCGCAAUCGGUCAGCACAUCCACGUGGUCGGAGUACGCAAAAUGAUCAAUCUCGGCAGCGAAGCAAGAGUGAAGAUUCCGAUAGCAGACAUCGUUCGCGAUCCCGUCGUGGACGUAGGAUGCGGUACGACCCCGAAGGAACUUGCGGAAUCAGUGGAAGCUCUAAGAUUUCGGUCUCGGAAGCUCACGAGAAACUGCUGCGACACAAUGCGCAGAGUUGGAAGAAGCGGAUUGAUACUGUUUUUGGUCAGGCGAGAAACAGCAUGAAAGAUCUUCGAGGGGUCUUCUGGGGCCCAGAUGAACUUCCUGAAGAUAUGGAGGAUGAGGAAGACAUCCUCCAAGUACCCCAGCGUCCCGGAUUGAUGGCCACUUUAAUCAGCGACCUUCACAUUACCCUCGACAAACCGUCGUUCCCCAUGAAUCAGUUACCCCUGUUCCUUCACCGGAUUGGGAAAGGCAUGCCUCACGAUACUCAGUACACGCUCUUGAUACCUAUGCAUGUCCAAAUCGAUAUGGGAGAGGCUCGUAUGACAUUGAGAGAUUACCCACUACCUCUCCUGCACAUCCCUGCAAUCAAACCUGGGCAGUCGCCUAGAUUACCUGCCUGGUCUCUCAAGACAGAUUUCGUCAUUGCUGAGGAAUUUCAAGGGAUCGAAUCUACGCGACAUGUCAAGGUUGAUAUCGUACCGCCUGCACAUCUAGACCCGGGGAAAUCGAACGUAGGUGGAUUCGCUAUCGAUGUGCGAAGGACAGUAUCUCCUGUGAAGACUUACUCCGACAUAAAAAUCGACAUCAAUACUGGCUUGCCUACCCGCAUCACAUGGGGAGCAUCAUAUCAACCUACAAUUCAGGAUAUGAUGAUGGUUAUCGAGACUUUCACUAAACCCCAGGUAGACCCAUCAGAUAGGACAGGUUUCUGGGACAAGAUCCGUCUCAGUUUCCACUCCCGCGUCAGCGUUGCGUGGAAGGGUGAUGGAGAUGUCCAUCUGAUGUUGAAGGGAACUCGUGAUCCUUAUGUGGUUACUGGGAAUGGUGCAGGUCUCCUCAUGUGUUGGCAGAAUGAUGUUAGAUGGAACAUCUGUCAAGAUGAGGAUCCGCGCAAAUUCAUGACUGUGGACAGUGGUGAAUACAUUCUUGCAAUACCGGACUACAGCCACCAGGCUCGUGGUUCAGAUCUGCAGGGACGGGAUCGUGAUGAUGAUAGUGUAAGGAGCAUUGGUAGCUUCAAACGCGGGGCUGCAUUUAAAAAGGUUAUUAUGAAGCUCUCUGGCAAUGUUCAGUGGCGCGCCGGUUUAAUGUUUGAGAGAAACGCGGGUGGAGGAAAGCGCUCAUUUGAGUUUGAGCCUCAUUAUAAGGUCGUCCUGAAGGAGCCGCAGUAUGCAAAAGCACCUCCCGGACAAGAAUACGACGCUUUCAGGGGCUUCAGAAGUCACCACAUCCACAUGUCAAUCGCUGUCAAAGCCCCGGUCGAGCGCGAGUGGAAUUUUUCCAAUACCGAACAAUCAAAAAGCUACAACACGGUGCAUCUGACACCGCGCUUCUUUACCCAUUUCUUCGCUUGGUGGUCGAUGUUCAGUGGAACGAUGUCACUUCCCAUACGUCAAGGGACACUGUGGCCGGGAAUUGAAAAGUCAAGCAAGAAGUUUGGCAGACAUCUUGCCACUAUCAAAUAUAGCCUCUUGCUUGCCCCACUGUUCCUCAGUCACGUCUACAAGCACAAGGAUGCCGAGGACUAUGCAGAGGAUGUCGUCUCUGCCACUGGGCUCAAAAUGAGGCUGGAUAGCUUUAUGCUCGACGUACACCAGCGGCGAGAAGAAUUUCAUACUCAAGACAGAGGGAAGAAGACUCAGGGCAAGACAAGUUCAAUGAAGAUGCACCAGGCUCAAUUGGACUUGCUGUCAGCUGAUAUCCGGGCGAUAUCGGCGAGUAUUGCUGGGACUACGCCAGAAGAUCUUCGAAAGGCUUCAGCUGCUAGCACACUUAUUUCACAGCAAGAGCUAGUACCCACGGAUCUCUCCCAAUUCGAAAUACCCGAUAAUGAUUUUACUUGGAUUGAUAUGGACGAUUUCGUUGAAUUGGACUGGAUUCUUCCAUCCGAAGCAAACCCCGAGACGAAAAUUAUACCUCUUGCAUACGCACCUCGCUUCACAUACUUCCGUCAAACAGAACAUGGCGAUACAAUUAGUGGUGAUCCAGAUAGAACUAGUCCUUUCGGACAUGAGCCAACCCACUUUUGCAUCAUGAGCAAGGAUGAUGACCCUCGACGUGUGCAAGCUGAGCUGAUCCAACGUCGGUUAGAUCAACUUGAAGAACACAUGGAGACUCAUACUCGGAACUUAGGAAAUGUCGAACUCAGUCAUCUCCAGGACGAACAUAAUCCCGCUCUGAAGGCGGAGUUGGAGCAGAUGAGCAGGCAUCACCAGGUUUUGAAAGACAAGAAAGCUUUCCUUGAAAGCAUGCUGCGCCGGAUGGCUGCGCGUGUGCAGACUAAGAAUAAACGCCCGGUCCCUGACCCUGACAGUGACGAGGAAAGUUCACCGAAGGAGUAUAACACGACUUCAUCGGAAGGCCUGGACGGCGAUCCUUCAGCGGACUUCGUUAGUGACUUCGACAACCGUUUUGUCAUCCACAACAUGCAUAUGAAAUGGAACAACCAGUUGAGAAACAUCAUCCUCCGCUACAUUCAUCAAGUCAGCCAGCGACGAGGGUUUGUGUACUAUCUUUCGAGACGAGCUGUCAAGUUCAUUCUUGAUAUCGUGGAGGAACAGAACAAGGCGAAAGCGGCGAAACCCAACGCACCCCAAGCUAACGGAGUCAACAUCCCGAAGCCAGCAAGCUCUCCUGUCGAUAGUGAAGCUUCGCGGGAAGUGGAAGACCGCAUCAAGGAGCUUCUCGCCGAUGGGAAGAACUUCGUCGAUGCGGAGGAUUCACAAAGCCAAGAACCCAGGCCAGGACGCUCGAGUGAUGGUAUUGAUUCAAACAUCUCCGAAGGUUUCAUACCUCAGAAUACUUACCAUCUCCGUCUAAUUGCACCGCAAAUCCAGCUUCAGAGUGACAAGAAUCCCAAAGCUGCAGCCUUGGUCACUGCAAAGGGAAUGGAGUUGAAGGUUGUCGAGAUCAUGGAUAAAGAACGCAUAUACGAUGAUGUCAGUGGUCUUGUACAGCAUCGGUUCUCGGUAGAGAUGGACAGCACCCAAUUCUUUGUCACCCACCAGAAAUUCUUCUCUUCUCAGUUGCUAUCGUUGUACUCCGGCAGUCAUUACGGUACCCCUGCUGGGUCUUUCUGGCCUCCUUGGGUCCCAAUGGAGGUAAUGUUUGAUUUCCAGAUUGAUCCAUUCGGGUUUAAGCGCAUUGUGCAAAAGACUUCGGCCAGUUUGAGGUACGACAAAUAUAACACUCUGCGCCUCAAAUAUAGCGACGAAAUCAAUCGCGAUGGAACACAUGCGGCGGGCCCAGAGAACGUCGAGAGUAGGAUGGAUCAUCUCUGGGUGGAGUUCCCCCAAGUCCGGGCGAUAUGCGACUCAUCACAAUACUACGCGUUGUAUAUCAUUGUCCUCGAUCUACUUAUGUACAGCGAGCCUCUAGAGAAGACCAGAAGUGAAAGAUUGGAGAAGAUCAUGCUUGCUUCGGACUUCAGCGACCUACGUGGUGCUCCGGAGAUGGUCAUCCGCCUGCAAGAACGGAUCAGACAGCUAGAUGAGAUCAAGACCCAAUUCCAGAUCAACUCCAAAUAUCUCGACCAGAAGGGAUGGGAAGAUAGGCUUAUGCUUGACAAGGAUCUUACGAGCUGCGAGGAUGAGCUCUUCUUCAUGAUGAAGGCCAUUACGACCUCUCAGCGCAAGCAUGAUGGAACACAGAGCAGCGGUCUCCUCAGAUGGAACAUCUCGGCUUCGCAGAUCGUUUGGCAUCUGAUCCGUGACAACAACGAACCACUUGCGGAAUUCCAACUUGAGAAUGCCGAAUAUGAUCGUACUGAUAAUUCUGACGGUUCUCAUCUCAAUCUCAUGUCGAUUGGGAAGAUCGUCGGGCUUAAUCUACUCUCAGAUGCUGUCUACCCCGAGAUGUUUGCGCCUUAUUCGGACGGUGAACGUGGAACGUUCCCUGAGGGUGGUAAUCAACAGAUGCUGAGAGUUUAUUGGUACAUGCUCGAGGCAAUUGCUGGAAUCCCCGUGAUGGACCAUUUCGAAAUCAAUCUCUUUCCGAUGAAGAUCCAACUUGAGCGCGAGAUCGGUAAAAAGCUUUUCGAGUAUAUCUUCCCGGGUUCCGGUGAGGAGAAACCUGGGCCUGGAAAGAACAAAAACCCUUCUAUGCUGAAGAAAAUGUUGCCCGUUGACGAUGUAGAUGAGGAAGAUGAUGACACGACUACCGCGCUCGAAUCUAGCUCCAUAAACGCCAAGAAUAAAAGUCUUGCUCCUCCAGACAGUGCGCCAGGCACAGCGGCAAGGUCAGGCUCUCUGGAGCUCCGCCUGAAACCAACAAUGACCUCCGAACAACGCCCCAGCACUUCCGCAACUCUAACUCUCAGGUCGAAGGCUGGAAGUCAGCUUUCGGGUAACGAAGGCCAUCAUUUCAAGUUCUUCCAUUCAAAUACCAUGAAUUCAUUAGGCUCUUGGUCGGUUUCAUCCAAGACAAAGAACGCUUCAACUGAUAGCUUGCCAUCAAGCCAACUAUCGCGUCCAACACUUGGCCGAGCGACAACCUCCUCAUCAAACGUCGAAUCGAUUUCCAGUGGUCCGAAGCGUUUCCCUCUUGGACGGAAUGCUAAGUCGAAGGAGAAGCCGUCUGAUGAUUUGUCCAAGAUGAUGGAUCGUGCAUCUAAUUACAUGACGCUCGCAUAUGUCAAGAUUCCCAGCGUGGUCCUCUGCCUCAGUUACAAAGGUAAAGGCGAACGAAAUAUCACGGAUGUGCAUAAUUUUGUCUUCCGCCUUCCCAUGAUCGAGUAUCGCAACAAGACGUGGUCGAAUCUCGAUUUGGCACUCGCCCUCAAGAAAGAUGUUAUCCGCGCCUUGAUAUCUCACACGGGUGCUAUCAUCGGCAACAAGUUCAGCAAGCAUCGUCCUAAUGCUACGCAGCAGCAUCGGUUGCGGGAGCUUGCUAACAGCAGCACGUUACUGGCGCCUUCAAACUAUGACUACGACAGUAGCGAUGCCAGCACGUUUGGAACGAGCAUAGCAGAGUCAGGUCCCUCUGAACCACGAGGCUCCUUCGCUUCCAGCGGUAACCGUCCCAGCACCGCUUCCAACAGCAUCGCAUCCCAGCGUUCGAACGGCCGCAGCAAUCGUCCCAGCACCGCCUCCAACAGCAUCGCCUCGCACUAUUCCGGGCGCGCGCAAACCUUCCCCCUAUCCAUGACGGCCCCCGGGAACAAAGAAGAAUCCAUCGCAAGCAGCGACAUGAACAGCGCGUCCAGUGUCAAAACGGGGCCUGACGAAGACCGGCACGGCUUUAUGGCGAACACCUUGCACCGGCUCAAGAAGAUGAAGAGCGAGCCGCAAUCGUUACCGUCUCCAGGAGAUCAGGACGAUAGCGAGGACGCGCACUCGACGAAGCGAAAGACGAAACUCUUGCUUGGGAAGAAGACUCUGAGUCCAUGGAGUGAUCGUUGA